UAUUCCUACUGUCCCUCUCCCUUGUUCACCAUAAGCAAGCCACACCCAAUGAAGAAGCCUUGCUUUUUCCUUACCCAUCCUCAAUGAUAAUCGAUUCAAUCGAGGAGAAGAGAGUAAAGUCGCACCAUUGCAGAGCUCACUCCACAAUGGGAGUUGUCUACGACUACGCUUCUUCCAUUCUCUUAUGCCCCGAGGACAAAAGAAGCAUACUUUGUAUAGAAGAAGAUUUCAAUGGAGAUGCUCAGGGGUGCUUCUCAGCCGAGAUUUCAGACCAAAAAGUUGUUUUUUUCCCGUUACAGACUGAGGAAUGUUUGAAUGCUUUGCUGGGGAAGGAAUCCGAGCAUCUCCCAGCUGCAGAUUAUGCUGAGAGAUUGAUGAGUGGUGUAUUGGACAUCUCUGCUAGAAAAGAUGCUGUUGAAUGGAUUCAGAAGGCUAUUGCUUAUUACAGCUUUGGACCUGUAACUGCAUAUUUAUCUGUAAAUUAUCUGGAUCGAUUUCUCUCCACACACGAGCUCCCACAAGGCAAAGCCUGGAUGAUGCAAUUGCUGGCAGUGACCUGCCUUUCCAUAGCCAUAAAAAUGGAGGAAAAUGAAGUCCCACUAGUUAUGGAUUUACAGAUUUGCAAUGCCAAGUAUGUAUUCGAGGCGAAGACUAUACAGAAAAUGGAGCUUCUGAUGCUGAGCAAUCUCAAAUGGAGGAUGAAAUCAGUAACACCUUUCUCAUUCAUAGACUACUUCUUGCACAAAUUUCAUAGUGGCAGUGCUCCAAAGGAACCAGAGAUCAGUCUUUGCAAAGAUCUCAUUUUGUGUACAGUUAAAGGCAUUGGUUUCUUAAAGUUCAGGCCUUCAGAGGUGGCUGCUGCAGCUGUGCUUGCUGCACUGGUUGAUGAUGGGCUAGUAUCCAUGGACAAGGCUCUGAAGUGUUGUUCAUUUUUGGACAAGGAGAAAGUGAUACAAUGCUAUAAAGCAUUGCAAGGGACAAAACUCAUGGAGAAGAAACUUCUUCCUGCUUCCUCUGUGCCACAGAGCCCAAAUGGGGUGUUGGAUGCCGCAACUCUGAGCUACAAUAGUGAUGAAACCAUUAGUAGCUCACAAGAAAAGUCGCUUAAUAAUUCUCCAACAUCAAAGAAGAGGAAGCUAAAUAACACAUCAGCAUCAUAGAAGUUGGGAUUUAUUCAGCACUGUUUCUGAGAAGCUUCAAGUCUUUUUUUUUUCAUGUCAAAUUUUUGUUUGUUGGAGUCUGUCUCUGAGAUUUGGGGGUAAGUUGUGCAAAAGAUAGUCUUUGACGAGGAAGAAGAGACAACAAGAUGAAACAAGGGAGAAAAUAAGGAGAUGAGGUUAUAGCUCAGGCUUUUAUCUUGAGUGAGGUCAUCUAUUGUGAAGUUUUAAGGCACAAAUACUAGCAAUGGGAGUGAAAUUUGGAGACUA